CUAAAACCGCCUUCUGUUUUCUAGAUGAUGCAAACUAUUCUCUUAAGUUCCUUCUAUCUCUUUUUUAUCUAUGCUCUACUUAAGUGGUGAGAUUUGGUGCAACCACAUGGUGUGUUAAUGUAUAUAGUUUGUGUGUAUAAUAAUUACGAACGGUUCUUAUAAUUUCCAAAAACCUUUAAUCCCUACCCCAAAACAGUUUCAAGGCUCCUCAAUUUGCGUCUUCCCCAGACAUUCCACUUAAACCAACUUGUCUUGUUGUGUAAGAACAACAGUUCAGUCAACACUGUGCCGGUCAAAGGACGAGAGACCACGUGAGCUAGCAGCUGAGUGUCACGUGUACUCUCACGGAUCCUCAUGCACAUACGCUCACGGAUCCUCAUACGAAUACUAACGAUAGCAGGUUAACCGAGUUUCAAGGCACGAGGAAAAAGAAUCCUAUAUGAAACCAUCAAGUUUCAACGACCGACCUCUGAAAAAAACAGCAAAGAUUCGACUAUCUACGUCACCUAAUUGCUAGAUUCUAUAUUUCUAUAUAAUUGUUACAAGUCCAAGAAACAGGAGGACCACAUCUAUAUUGCACUUUGGCUUAUACAAGACACACAGCAUGUGUUAUAUAUACAUAGGAGCAAACGAGAUCACAGUUUAAUCUCUGUCUCACUCUCUCUCUUCCGAGUUACAAAUUAGUGUGAAAUGGCGAUGAAGGUAUAUGGAGAUGGGAUGUCAGCGUGCGUGGCACGUGUGCUUCUCUGCCUUCACGAGAAGGAGACUGAGUUCGAUCUUGUCCCCGUCGAUCUCUUUGCUUGCCACCACAAACUCCCUUCUUUCCUCGCCAUGAACCCCUUUGGCCAAGUUCCAGUUCUACAAGACGACGACCUUACCCUUUUUGAGUCGAGGGCAAUCACGGCAUAUAUAGCUGAUAAACACAAAGAAAAGGGAACGGAUCUGACGAGACAUGCAGACGCUAAAGAAGCAGCCAUUGUGAAGCUGUGGUCGGAAGUGGAGUCCCACCACUUCAACCCUGCGAUCUCCGCCGUCAUCCACCAGCUCAUAGUUGUGCCGCUUCAAGGCGAGAGUCCUAAUGCAGCCAUCGUGGAAGAGAAUCUUGAGAAGCUAGGGAAAGUGCUCGAUGUGUACGAGGAGAGACUCGGGAAGACAAAAUACUUGGCUGGAGAUUCUUACACACUCGCGGAUCUCCACCACGUUCCUUACACUUACUACUUCAUGAAGACGAGUCAUGCUGGUUUGGUCAACGACCGUCCUAAUGUGAAGGCGUGGUGGGAGGACCUUUGUUCUCGUCCGGCUUUCCUUAAAGUCUCACCUGGCUUGACCGUUGCUCCGGUAACGAGCUGAUCGAAAGACUCUCUCUACAUCUUGUCUUUAUGUUUCUUUGAUAAGGUUGUUUCUGUUUCGUUUGUUGUUUUCCUUUCGCAUUUACUGUUGUCUUGAAGGUUUUAUCAUUGUAAUCAAAAGUUAUUUGUAAAUGUAAACGCAACACAGAAAAUAAAUUAUGUAUGUAUGCGUUUACAUUUUACAAAUAAAUUUGGUGAUUCAGAAACUAAUAAAUACCUUUAUUUCUAA